UGAGCGCAGAUAGCUGGGCAGUCCCCUCACCGGUUAAGAAGUCGCCGUCAGGCCCGUCACGCACCCACCGGCGGAUCCACCCGCUUACCGCUCACUCCUCCUCCUCCUCCUUCCCGCUUCCACUUCUCACCAUUCUCAAACCAAAAAACCCAAGGGGGGGAAAAAUCAAUGGAGCGAGGAGAAUACUCAUCGGACGAAGACGACGAUCUCGAAACCCUAGUUCCCCAAAACCAAACCAGCCCAAAACCCCAAACACGCUCCACCUUCGAGAUCGCUGCCGCCGUCUCCGCCCAGGUCCGACGCAAGCUCACGGCACACAAGCGCUACUACCUCGUCGCCAUUUCCCUCCCUCUCAUUUUGAUUCUUGUUUACUUCUUUCUCCCCCUCGGCCGCCUCUUCAAUGGAAUCUCCAUCGUCAAGACCCGCUCCCCCUCUGAGCUCAUGCGCGAGUCCGAGCUUAGGGCUCUCUACCUCCUUCGGAAUCAGCAGCUCACUCUUCUUGAUCUCUGGAACAAAACCCUAGGCGAGGCGAAUCGGUCCGGAUCUAGUCCGGUUCAGUUUGACGAGUUCAGAUCUGCUGUUCUUGAUCAGAUCAAGAUGAAUGGCCAGAUCCAGAAGGCUUUGCUGUCUUCUCACCGGCCGAAGAACGCGACGGUCGGACCGGUGGAUGGUGAUGGCAAUGUGAGCCCUGAUCUGGAGAAUUAUGGAGUGGACUUGUGUAAAAAGGUUGAGAGGGCGAAGGAUCGGAGGACGAUUGAGUGGAAACCCAAGAAAGAUCGGUACUUGUUUGCAAUUUGCUUGUCGGGGCAAAUGUCGAACCAUUUGAUUUGUUUGGAGAAGCAUAUGUUCUUUGCUGCGCUUCUUGAUAGGGUUUUAGUGUUUCCUAGCCAUAAAGUAGAUUAUAAGUAUGAUGAAGUUUUGGAUUUGAAUCAUAUAAAUGAGUGUUUCGGUCGCAAAGUUGUGAUGUCUUAUGAUGAGUUUGUUGAGGAGAAGAAGAAUAAGUUGAAGAUAGAUAGGUUUAUAUGCUACAUUGCAUCGCCACCUUGUUUCUUGGAUAAGGAGCAUAUCGAAAGGUUGAAGGGUCUAGGGUUUACGUUGGGAAAGAUUGAAGCGGCGUGGCCAGAGGAUGCUAGGUCAAAGGAACAGAAGAAGAGGGUUGUGGGAGAUAUUACACCGAAAUUUAGUUCAGAUGAUGAGGUUAUUGCGAUUGGUGAUAUGUUUUAUGCUGAUGUGGAGGAGGAGUGGGUGAUGCAGCCAGGUGGUCCGCUUGCUCACAAAUGCAGGACUUUGAUUCAACCUAGUAGGCUUAUUAUUCUCACUGCGCAGCGGUUUGUGCAGACGUUUUUGGGUGGUAACUUCAUUGCUUUGCAUUUCAGACGGCAUGGGUUCUUGAAGUUCUGCAAUGUGAAAGAGAAAAGCUGCUUCUUCCCUAUUCCUCAGGCGGCAGAGUGCAUACUACGGGUGGUUGAGAGAUCCAAUGCUCCUGUCAUAUAUCUCUCUACUGAUGCAGCCGAGAGCGAAACUGACCUUCUGCAGUCGCUGCUAGUGCCAAGUGAUGGCAGGACAAUUCCUCUGGUCAAGAGGCCCAGUCAUACUAGUGUUGAGAAAUGGGAUGCCUUGUUAUACAGAAAUCAUCUUGGUGGAAACGGCCAGGUCGAGGCCAUGCUAGAUAAGACAAUAUGCGCUAUGUCAAGCGUGUUCGUUGGAGCAUCAGGUUCUACAUUCACAGAAGACAUACUAAGGAUACGGAGAGGCUGGGGUGCUUCUUCUCAAUGUGAUGAGUACCUUUGCCAGGGUGAGGAACCCAAUUUCAUAGCUGACAACGAUUGAGAAACCGAGGAACCAGGUAGGGGUUUGAAUUGUUCAUUCAUCAUGUAUAUUCGGUGUUGUACAUUUCCAAAUGUAGACGUGGAUUGCUCUGAUACGGCGGAGGAAGAUUCUUUUUGAUUUUCGAGAGAUUUCCUCCAUUUGUUCGUUAUAUAAUUCAUUCGUAGUGUAUACUGUUAAUGUCAUCAUAUGUAAUGAUAGUGAAGUGUAAUAGAAUAAUAAUAUGUGCUUAGUUGAGUGAUAUCAUUCUUCA